AAGAGAGGUUGGUGGGUUUUUUUUUUUUUGAGUUUUUGCCGCCUCCGCCAUUAACAUUGAUUCUGAGCUUUUCUGCAACUUCUCUCUCUCUCUCUCUCUCUCUCUCUCUCUCUCUUCUUUCAUAAAGAAGAGAAGAAGAGAAUGAAAGAGAAAGCCUCAGCUCCCUUCCAUGGAUGAAACCCACCACCCCAUUCAGCUCCCCCUUCUUCUUCCUUCCAAGAUUAAGAGAUCUUUCUCCUUCCUUUUCUUCUUCUUCCCAACCUCCAUUCUCCUACUUCUCAUUCUCCUCCUCCUCGCCUGUAAUGGCGUCAGCAUCUUCUGCUUACGCCUCGACUCCCUCGUACCUACAAAACCCAUUUCUUCUUUUCCCAAAUCUUCUUCUUUCCUGUACGCUGUCGAGGAACAAAUUCCACCCGCCUUAAACAAAACCCACCAAAGCUUGCAGCUUUCCUUUGCUCCUUCGAAUGCCUCUUCUUCAUCUCGCAGGCUGCAGAAAUGGCCCAGCAGUAACAGACCCGUGUUGAAGAUUCUGCAGCAGACCCCACGGUCGAGGCGGUUUUCUGCCAGAGCCAAGGAAUUCUUUGGUGGUUCUUCUUCGGCUUGCAGCAUCCGUUUCUUCAUGACUUGGAUUUCUUCGUUGGAAUCAUUUGGUCGCCGGGAAUUAUUUGCAGUUGAAAGCAUCUUCAAAUCGCACCCAAAUGCGUGUUUGCUCAUAAUUUCAAGCUCCAUGGAUUCGACGCGAGGUGCCCGUCUCUUGAGGCCCUUCUCAUCACAGGGCUUCCGGGUCUCUGCAAUUUCGCCUGAUUUCGCCUCCAUUUUCAAGGACACUGGUGCAGAAGUGUGGUUCAAUAAGCUGAAGAACGGGAACGUCAAUCCUGGUGAGGUUCCCCUCGGCCAGAACCUCUCCAAUCUUCUCCGCCUUGCUGUGUUAUAUAAAUUCGGUGGAAUUUAUAUCGACACCGAUAUUAUAGUCAUGAAGAGCUUCUCUAGCCUGAGAAAUGUGAUAGGAGCACAGACCAUCGAUGUCGAGACAGGAAAUUGGAGUCGGUUGAAUAAUGCCGUGAUGGUCUUCGACAAGAAGCAUCCCCUUCUUUACAAAUUCAUCAAAGAAUUCACCCUCACAUUCGACGGGAACAAGUGGGGCCACAAUGGUCCUUAUCUGGUCUCUAGGGUCGUCUCGAGGCUGGAAAGAAAGCCUGGUUUUGAUUUCACUGUCUUGCGACCGACAGCGUUUUAUCCAGUUGUUUGGAGUAGGAUUCGGAGCCUCUUUCAUGGGCCCAGGGACAAAGGCCAUUCAAAAUGGGCAAAGGGAAAGCUCGCGCAAAUUCGCAAAGAGAGCUUUGCAAUUCACCUGUGGAACCGACAGAGUCGAAGGCUCAAGGUCGAAGAAGGGAGUGUCAUAGGUCGUGUAAUGUUGGAUUGCUGCAUCUUCUGCAAUUCGUCGUUGGUGUCUUCUUUGUAAGUAGGAAGGGAUCAUCUCUAUCUUCUUCAAUUUCCUCCAAUGUAGCCUGUGGGAAUGGAUUAUCUCAAUCCAGUCCAUAGUUCCAAUCUCUAAAAGAAAAGUUAGAUAAAGAAAAUCUUUUUCUUUUCUAUGUUUUCUUCUUAGCACUUGCGUUUCUGUUAUUUAAAUCUGUUUAUACAAGUUCUAGUAAGACAUGAGAAUGAAUAUUUGCUGUUCACCUUGCA